AUGUCUGCUGCUACCUUCAAACAGUAUUGGCUACCAGAGAAGAAAGGGUUUGACUCCCUACAAUUGAGAGCCGUUCCAAAGGAGUUACCUCAGUUUGGCCAGGUCUUGGUCCGCAUCAAAGCUGUCUCUCUGAACUGGCGAGACGGCAUCGUAGCCAUCGGCACUUAUCCGUUUCCCGGCCCCGAUGCCCUAGUUCCCGGAAGUGAUGGUGCUGGCAUCGUCGAAGCGUUUGGGGAGGGCGUGACUGAGUGGAAAAUCGGCGAUCGUGUAAUCGCCAACUUCACACAAGAACACAUCGCUGGUCGUCUCACUCGAGAUGUUGGCCUGACCCAGUUGGGUGGUGAAGCACAGGGUCUUCUAGGGGAGUACUUCAUCUUUCCAAAGAUGGGCGUGGUCAAAAUUCCCGACUACUUGUCCUUCGAAGAGGCUUCUUGUCUUCCAUGCGCCGCUUUGACAGCUUGGAACGCCCUGUAUGGACUGACUCCUCUGCGACCUGGCCAGACCGUUCUUCUGCAAGGCACCGGAGGCGUUGCCACCUUUGCGCUGCAGAUAGCACACGCUGCAGGAGCCAAGACGAUUGUGACUUCGUCAUCCGACGAUAAAUUGGCCAAAGCAAAAGAUCUUGGUGCGACGCAUGGAAUAAACUAUAACAAGACUCCCGACUGGGCUGCAGAAGCCAUGAAGAUCACAAAUGGCAAGGGCGUCGAUCAUAUCAUCGAAAUAGGAGGAACCUUGACGCUUCAAGCAUCUUUCGAUGCGAUUGGAUUCAAUGGCCAGAUUCACUGCAUUGGACACAUCACUAAUCCGGAUCCAUUGGGCGCUGGUAAAGACCUUCGAGGUCCUGAUGCAGCUUUCCUCGCGUUGGACCGUCUCUGUGUUGUUCGAGGUGUCGUGGUUGGAUCACGAGAGCAGCUGCGGGAUAUGUUGGACUGUUUUGAAGCGAAUGAGAUUCGACCAGUGAUUGACCGCGUGUUUUCUUUUGAGAAUGCUCGGGAGGCGUAUGAUCACCUUUGGAGCUCCACGCAUACAGGAAAGGUUAUUAUCCGGGUUCCAUAG